ACAUACACCCCAUGAAAAAAAAUGACGCCAUUGGUUGCAAAAUUCAUGCUUAUGGCACUUGUACUCUUGAGUUCUUCAAUCUCUCAAAUCACCAUGUCUGAAUCAAGUAUAUGUGACUCGAAGUGUGAGGUGAGGUGCUCGAAGGCAGGGAUGCAUGAUAGAUGUAUAAAGUACUGUGGGAUAUGCUGCGAAGAGUGUCAAUGUGUACCUUCUGGAACAUACGGGAACAAAGACGAAUGUCCUUGUUAUAGGGACAAGAAGAACUCUAAGGGCACGUCUAAAUGCCCCUAAAGCAUCUGUGUGUUGUGUUACAGGGUAUCUGAACACAACACAUAAUGAUUGAUCAUGUAGACUGAAAAAUUCUGUGGAUGACGUUGAGUGUGCUUGUGGUAUUUUAUUUAUUGAUCGUAUUAUCUUUAUUUGAUUGAAUUUGGUAACGAGAAAUUACAUUUGUAUUGCGUUUGACUGUUGAAUCUUUUGAAU